GGGGUCAGCUGGGCCUGGCCGACAGCAGUGGCAUUGGAGCGAUCAGCUACCAGUUUACAGUCUCUGACAUAUCACCGCGCCUCGUCUCCGCAAUGGGAGGAUCCACCGUGCGGAUCACGGGUCAGGGGCUAGCCGCCGACUGCCAGAGACUGGACAUCACGGCCGGGGACGCCUUCGUCUGCGAGCCGGUCACCUGUACCGACACGGAGAUCAUGUGCCUCGUCAACAGACGCCGGCGCCGCCACGUGAUUCGCAACAAUGCAACACACCCGCGUUACGGCCCUGGCUACCUGUGGCAGCCGCAGCACCUGACCGUGUGGCCCGGUGACCUGGUCACCUGGCGCUGGGCGCCGGGCCAGGUCAGCUCCGACCAGGUGGGCUUCUCGGUGCACCAGACGGCCGACCAGCACUCGGACGCGUACGACGGAGCCGGCUUCAACAGCGGCGACAAGACGCCGCAAGGAUCAUUCACCACCAUGCUGGAGGACAUCGGCACCGUCUUCUACUCUGGCGAGUCGGUCGGAACCAACGCAGUGCGCAUGCGCGGGGUCAUCCACGUGGUGGCGCCGCCGGCUGGCAGCGGUGUCCUGUCCGUCCGG